AUGGAGAUGAGUGAUGUUGGCGUCUUCGAGUAUAACACAGAAGGCAAACUUCUUCAUGCAAACGAGGCAUGGUACAAGUUGAGUUCACAUCCGAGAGAUCUUCCUGCUCAUGUCAACUUCUCGUUCAUGGACCUUGUACAUCCAGAAGACCAGUCCCUGGUCUUGAGCAUGUGGAACAAGCUAGCUCAGGGUAUUCCAGUGACCUUCGAGAUGAGAUGGAAGUCACACGGCUACGUGCUCUCUGCGUGUGUCCCUAUAUUUGACGAAGAUAACGUGCUUAUUAGUAUUGCUGGCAAUACUAUUGAUAUUGCCGAUCAGAAGAAGACGCAGGAGGCAAUACAAGCUCGGGUCGAGGCACUCGAACAGGCAAGGGUUUCAGAGAUGAAACUUACAAGAUUGCAACACCGUCGUGUACAAGAAGCACUUGAAGCGAAACGACAACAGGAAAACUUCAUUGACAUGACCUCCCAUGAGCUUCGUAAUCCGCUCUCUGCCGUUGUUCAGUGCGCUGAACUGGUCAUUGCUGAACUACAGCGAUUACUCAUCAAGCCCUCGAAAGCCACUGGCGACAUACUUGAUCCGAGUGUCGUCCAAGAAGACUUGAGCUCGAGUCUUGACGCACUACAAACCAUUGUGUCGUGUUCCAUGCACCAGAAGCGGGUUAUUGAUGAUGUACUCACGCUUUCGAAGCUAGAUUCGGACCUCAUCAUCAUCACGCCAGUCCGCGUCCGGCCCACUGUGGUAGUGUCGGAUGCUAUCAAAAUGUUCGUGGUCGAAUGUCAGCAAAUGGACAUACAACUCGGAUUUGUUGAGGACGAAAGCAUUAAGCAGGUUGAGUGGGUCAUGCUUGACCCUUCGCGGCUGCUACAAAUCUUGAUAAACCUGUUCGCAGCGUCCAAAGGCCCGGAUAUCUUCAAUCAGUCUGAAUGGGGCGCAGGAAGGAUGUGUCACCUCUGGAUCAAAGUCACAGACACCGGCUGCGGCAUGACUGAAGAUGAGCAAAAGAAUCUGUUCUCAAGGUUUACGCAGGCAUCGCCGCGCACCCACGUAAAAUAUGGGGGCUCCGGGCUCGGCUUAUUCAUCUCGAAAUCACUCACAACGCUGCUAGGUGGGGGAAUAGGUGUAGCCUCUGCGGCUGACGUCGGCUCUACAUUCGCGUUUUUUGUAGGCACACGGCUAGCUGAACCACCCGCGGAUCAUGUUGUUGGGCGUGCAUCUCAAGAAACCUCGCUCGUUGAUCGCACAUGUGAUUACCAGAUCGCCAUGAAUUCAGUCAAACUCAACGUACUCAUUGUGGAAGAUAACCUGGUGAACCAAAGGGUUCUAAAGAAACAGCUAGACAAAUGUGGGUGGACAGUCCAUGUGGCAGGAAACGGGCAAGAGGCGCUCGACUGGUUGAAACGCAGCAUUUUCUGGCGCAACGAACACGAAGCCGUUGAUGGCAUUGAGUUCAAGGAGGACUGCCAACCAAAAGCCGAAUUGGAUAUCAUACUCCUUGAUAUCGAGAUGCCGAUCAUGGAUGGUCUAACUUGCGCGCGGCGUAUCCGAGAGUACGAAAAGCGAGGCCUACUAGGACUUCCCCCAUCCGCUUCAGGGCAACAAGGACCUUUACCUUCAGAUGAACGGUCAGCUCCGAUACAAAAUCAGAAAUUUCGGCUGCCUCUUCUUGCUGUCAGUGCGAACGCACGCGUCGAGCAGAUCCAGGAAGCCGUGGCCGCAGGCAUGGAUGAUGCGAUAACGAAACCUUUUCGCAUUCCAGAGAUAUGGCCUAAAAUAACAAGCUUGAUACCCAGAUUGUCAAGCACGGGAGAAGGGAAGCGUAGAUGA